AUGGAUACUUUGCAAGAAAUCAUCCCAUUUGCAAAGGAACUGCUGAGUGCCGGUCCCUCCAAGGGCUGCCUGAAGGUUUACCUAGUGGGCGGCACUUUUGCCGUCCUGGGAAUGGUUAGUGGAGUGGUGCAGGUUGCCUCCUCCUUCUUUCCCGGUCAAGAUGAACCUGACUUUGACAUUCUAAAGGCCCGGGAGAUGAUAACAGUAAAACAGCAGCCCCAGGAACCACAGACCACCAUCCCAGAAGACGACGAAAUGGAUGCUGUGAUGGAAGCCAAGGCAAAGGAGCUGCCCGAGACCAGAAAGAGGCGUAUGAGCUUCAGAUUACAUGCCUGA